AUGUGCUUCACGUUCGUGUUGGCGGGCUGGGAAGGUAGUGCACAUGAUGCUCGUGUCUUUCAAUCUACUAUUUCAACUCCAUCCAUGAAUUUCCGUCAUCCACCUGAAGGUGUUGUCUCUCAAUUGGCACUUUUACAAUUACGGCAAGAUUCAACUGGUAUUUCAUUUUGGAAAAAUGACACGGAAGCAGAAACCUUACGUCUUGGAUAUAUCAAACCUGAAGUUCUUAGCUGGUCUCCAAGAAUUAUUUUACUGCGUAACUUCCUAAGCAUGGAGGAAUGUGAGUAUCUCAAGGAGUUAGGGUACCCUCACCUUGAACAUACACAAGUGGUAAAUCGGACAACAGGGAAGCACUAUAUCUCUAAUAUGAGAACAAGCUCUGGUAUGUUCCUGAGUUCGGAAGAUAGACGACACCCCAUGGUGCAGGCGAUUGAAAAGAGAAUUUCAAUCUAUGCUCAAGUACCAGUUGAAAAUGGGGAGGAUAUUCAAAUUUUGAGGUAUGAGAAGAAUCAGUUUCAAAAACGUCAUCCUGACUAUUUUACUGAUCCUAUCAACUUGAAAAAUGGUGGGCAGCGAAUAGCGACGAUGCUUAUGUAUAUAAGUGAUGAUGCUGAGGGUGGUGAAACAUAUUUCCCAAUGGGUGGUUCAGGUGAGUGUAACUGUGGUGGAAAAAUUGUCAAAGGGCUGUCCGUCAAACCUAUUAAAGGAAAUGCAGUACUUUUUUGGAGUAUGGAACUAAGUGGAGAAGUAGAUCCGAAUAGUAUUCAUGAAGCAUGUGAGGUACUUUCUGGGACAAAGUGGGCUGCAGUGAAGUGGAUGAGACAGGGAGCUUUCCCUUGA